CAUUCUUUCGUCGAAGUAAAUUUUUUUGCAAAUUCUAUUUUCAUAUUUUUUGAAUAAAGCAUUUUUAAAGUGAAAUAGAGCGAUUUUUUAUUCUUGGUGUGAAGCAGACAAAUUCACUGUAGUCAAACUCUAUUUUUAGGUAUUUGGAGCUGAACUGGUCUCCGCCAAAAGUCCCGCUAGUUCCAAUGUCGGCGUCACAACGCGACCGCGGCAUGAACAAACAAAAUAAUUUCAACGCUCACAAGUAGAAGUAGAGCACGCAAUACGAUUGGGGAAAAACGGGUCGGAUCUGGUCUCAAUGUACAGUAGCUGAUCCAUGAGGCAUCAUUACUGUCAUGUCUAGCUCGGUAUUUAGCGAAACGCCCAGUGCACGACCAAAUGGCGCCGAUGGAGAUUCCAAUCUGGUCGUGGUGUAUGCCAAAAAUGGCAUCUCAUUUGACGAGCGUGCCAUUGAAAAUAUUAUGGAGGAAAAAUCAAUUGCAAGUAUUAGUGUCGUCCGGCUUACAUCACCGACGCCGAGCAUGGUCGAUCAAGAGGAAACUGAACGCCUGGAGGAACUGGAGCGUUUUAUGCAAAUGACAUCAGAUGGCGAAGAAUCAGAUAAAGAAACAGACAACGAGAGCGGUCAAAGCGGCUGUGAAGAGCUGAUAAGCGAGAAAGAUCAUGUUACCGGCGAUGACAAUGACAACACCGGUGGCGAAAACAAUGGCGACUCCACGGAAACCGAAGCCGAGGUGCCCAAGGUUAAAAAGCGCCCCGGUCGCAAACCCAAACCGCCAAAAAAACAGAAAAAGCGCCGAAAACCUAAAGAACGCCCACAAAUUGUUGGGCUGAGUGUGGAACAGUUCUACGCAGAAAACACAGCAGAUUUGGUGGUAAAAAAUGCUCUGAAGCUGGCUGGAUUAUCAAUAUUCAAGCGCACACCCGAAUCGGAUGCUCUGAUGGAGAUUAUUCGAAACGAUCAUAACUACACUCCAUUCACCUCGCCAGAGCAAAUGAAGGCGAAAAAGAUGGCAGAAAAGGUGGUUAUAGAACGGCAAGGUCGUAAAUUCAUUGUGCAGACCCAACCGAACAUUAGGCUAUUAAACGCCAAGAAGCGCCUCCAAGUAGUGCCUGUGAACCAUGUACCGGCUGCAACGCAACAAUCACCCAGGCAUCAACAUCAACCUAAGCAACAACAUCCGCAGCAACAACAGCAAAGGCAAACGCAGCCGUUGCCUAAGCAACCAACGAAUUUGCAUAGGCCGCAGUUACCUAAUCAACUGCAGCCAUCCUCAGCAACAGCGUCGAAACAACAGCAGAUAAUGUUGACAACGGGACCACGAAUUGUUCGGAAUAGUGCUAAAAUGAUAAGGCCUCCCGAUGACUUCGUUGAGGAUGACGAAGACGCAAAUAGCUCUGCCACGGCAGAUGAGGAGAAUGCUGAUACAGAGGAGCUGAGUGAGCCAAGUGAUGUAUCCCGCGAAACGGACAACGAUCGAGAUAGUGAUAUUGAUUUCAAAAUGAACAACAGCCGUAGCUCGAACAAACGCAAACGUCUUAAAAAGUUCUCUAGGCGACGGUCUAACCCGCAAUCUGCGCGUGCACAAACAGUAAAUUCACCGAAGGGGCCUCAUCAACAACAACCAGCACAGUCACAGUUUCCAAAUUUGAAACGACGAAAGGAGCCGACCGAUGGUAAUUCGAGCGCGCCUGCAAUUGGCCAGAUUGUUCAGCUAAAUACUAAAGCGCCACCCUCAGUGAUUCCAUUGGGUCGCAAGACGUUUAGCACAUCUUUUCUCAAAAUGCGCCCCAUACAUAAAUCCCUGUCCAAACCGACGUCGAUGUCUCCUGAAGUAAAUCGAAUAAGUGGCUCUGCAGUUCCUGCAAAACUGCGCAGAACGCCAAUAGUGCAGGUGGGGCGUGUGGUAAGCGUACCACCAGGCGGAUUUGCGACGCCGCCGCAAGAGGUCAAAGAGAUUGUCAUCAAUAAGAAUCUAUCGAGCCCCAAAGGUGUGUUCACAAAUCUGAACAGUUUACUGGCUGAUAAUAACAAUGCGACAACGAUGACAUCAACAUCGGAUAAUAGUAAACACCCGGUAGCAAAUACACCCAUCACUCCCAAGUCCAGUCUAAACACGCUCUCAACAUUGGCAUCCACAUCGCCAUCUUGCAAGGGCUUCAUGCCCAUUGGCGUGGAGACGGCCUCCUCACACAAAUUACCUGCCCAGAUUGUCAUCGAAACACAUCAGAGCUCCUCAGAGCUGGCUGCCGAAAAUGACAAACAGCUUGAUCUCAUUGACUCCAUUGUGCAGGAUGAACUGUCGAAGUCAUCAUUGAUCGAGAAACCGCCAGCUACAGCAGAUGAGACCAUACCCAAACUGGUGAAAAUGCUAGAGAGCAGCGCUGCAGGGCUCAGUCAAGUACCCGAACCAGUGAUAAAUCCUGUGAGUGUUCCACAACAACAGCAGAAUUUUGAUGCGACUCUGGUAGCAAAUACUGCUGUGGAUAACAUGGACCUAGCCAGCGCACCAUUGCUAGAGACUGCAGACGCGGAUGAAAUCACUGCAGAUUUCCUGCAACAUGUGGUUGGACUCAUAGAGGAGGACAAACAGUUCGAAGCUGAGGUGGUCAAACAGGUGCUAGCCAGCACAGAAACUGGUAGCCUAGAUGCACUUGCAAGUGCUGUGGCGCAGCCAAUCUUCGAUGUCGGCAACCAGUUACCAACAGUUUCUCAACCAUUGCCCAAUGAUUUUGCUGAUCAAUGUUUGCUCAACUUGCCCAUGGCAUCCAGCACUCCAUCGCGUACAACGGGCAACGCACCCGUUACAUCACGGCCACCUGACACGAAAGUUGUACGUGGCAAUGGGCGUGUCAUUUAUCUGCCACCAAUUGAAGCGCCUACAACCCGGGCCAAGCGUCGAGCUCAGAACUUUCCUGCAACAGCCACAACCUUGUCAGAUAUUAGCACCACUUCGCUCACAGAACCAACUGUUGAUACAAGCCAAUUAACCAGCAGCAGCUUGGAUAGUGACAGUUUUUCGUCGUCAUUUGCCGGGCCAGACAGGAAACUGAUGACCAAAGAUCCGAGUGGUAGUGUUAGGAGGCCAAGAAGAUCAAACAAGCUGAAUAAUAGUAACGAAACCAAUGAUCCAGAAGCCUCGGAAUCUCAAGAGGACGAUGAUGAUCCCAACAAACUAUGGUGUAUCUGUCGGCAACCGCACAACAACAGAUUCAUGAUAUGCUGUGAUCUGUGCGAGGAUUGGUAUCAUGGCACGUGUGUUAGCGUCACAAAGGCUAUGGGUCUGGAAAUGGAACAAAAAGGUAUUGACUGGAAGUGUCCCAAAUGCGUUAAAAAGCAGGAGGAGAAGAGUCAGCCACGUAUUACUGACAUUUGGGUACCCAAACCAAGCGAGAACCCAUCGGAGCUUUCGGCGUCAACUAAACAGCCAAGCGAAAGCAAAUCGAUAGUUGAACAACCGCCAUUAACGCCCAAGCGAACCCCGCCCGUUGGUACAUCAUUGACGACAUCGUUACCCUCAACCACAAGUAACUCACUUGUAAGGCAACAGAAACGACCAAUGCCCCAAAAGCCUCAGCUAAAAAUGCAUCAGCAGCAGCUGAAUUUUAUCAAACUUGGAGCCAGCAGCGUCAUCACACCAACAGAGGCAAGCUGCGUUGUAUGCAAGCGUCCCGCACGCGCCAAUUCGGUUUAUUGUAGUGACGAAUGCAUACGAAAGUAUGCACACAAUGCAGUCCAGGCCCUAACGGUGCCCAAGACGCCUGAGCCAGUGCUGCAAACAGCUUUGCCCCCUUCACAGCUGGGAAGUACACUUGAAGCCAAGAAGAACAAGAAGAAAGAUCUAUUUGAGGAUGUGCUGCGUCAGGCUGACACCUUGUCGAAGGUUGAGCGGAUUAACGUCUUUGAGCGUCGAACCGGACGUGCCAUCACGGGACACUUGGCGCCUAGUGCACAUCAGCUAAAGAAAUGGCUGCAGGAGAAUCCCAGCUUUGAAGUAGUGCAGCCUGGCAGUCAGCAAGCGCUGGAAAUUGAGAAACGGCAAAACAAACGUCUGUCGGAACCAUCCACGACAGAGACAGCCGCCGCAAAGCAGUCACAGUCUUUGCCAUUGCCAAAGCCUUCAGAGACUGUGAACAAAUCCAUACAGAUGUUGCCGGCGAUGUCCAGUUCAGCCAAAAAGGAGAAACCUGCCGCCAAAGCAUCGACUGCAGUCAGUCGCUCGCCCGAAAAGAGUGUAAGGGAACGAGCUGUGAAUAAAUCCCAGCCCGAGCCAAUACGGCUCAAUGUGCGGCGAACACUUAAGGAGCAAUUGUUGCUGCGAAUAAAAGAGGCGCAGGCAGCCGAGAAGCCAGCAGAGAAGUCUGAAUGGCUGACGGCGGAGGAGGUCGAGCACUUUGUGAAGCGUGUGGAGUCGGAAAUGUAUAAUUCAUUUGGGCAGGAUGUGAGCGCGAAGUACAAGUCUAAAUAUCGCUCGCUUAUGUUUAACAUAAAGGAUCGUAAGAACAAGACGCUCUUCGAAAAGAUAUGUGCCAAACAAGUGGAGCCCAAGCAGCUGGUGAGGAUGACACCAGCUGAAUUAGCCAGUCAGGAGUUGGCCAAGUGGCGUGAGGAGGAGAACCGCCAUCAGUUGGAUAUGAUUAAGAAAUCGGAACUAGAUUUAUUGUCAUGCGCACAGAACUAUGUGGUGAAGACGCACAAGGGUGAGGAGCUAAUCGAGUCUAAGAUGGAUGUAACGCUGCCAGAGGAGGAAGAAGCAAAGGAAGAAGGAGGAAGAAGCAAAGAAAAAGUUGACAGCAUCGAUAGUAAAAAAGGAUCCCAGUCUAUUGACACAUCGAACACUACAGACGUUUCCAGCAAAGACCAUGACCACGACCGACCCUCGACUGCUAAAGAAAAGCAUUCAAAGUCUCGAGAAAAGGAUCAUAGUCGAGAGCGUGACAGAGAGAAGCGGCAUAAAAGUCACAGGUCCCAUAAUAACCAGAGUGGCACCAAAAGAAGCCGCAGUCGCUCGAGCAGCCGCGGCCAUAGCCAGGAGAAGCGCAGUCACAAGAGGCACCACCACGAGCAUGAUGUGGACAAAGAAAAGGAGCAGCCGCCACGCGACAAGCAACUGAGCAAAGAGCAUGUCGACAAAGCUCAAUCCUCAGUGCAGAAGAAACCAACUGAAAAGAAAACUGAAACCUCCUUAGGCGCCUUUAAUUUAAUCGAUCAAAUCCUAGAGUCAGAAAAAACAGUGGAAGAAGCCGCCAAUCUGACAGUGCCCGUGAGGCCAACAUUAAAGUCAUUGCCAGUGGCCUCAAAAACAUCUGGGAAAGCUGAUGUGCCAGCGCCUACUUUGGAUAGAUAUGGUCGCUAUCUACAAAGCUUGUCGAGCCCACCAAUUUGGACUGGCAAUUUGAGCAUGGUUGAUGUAACGGACUUCGAUGUGGUUAUUCAUUGCGUUCAGGGUAAUACAAGCCAACUGGAUAAGUUACUGCCCACUAAUUUGGAUGUGAUUGGUCGCAUAACGCGGGAAAAUGUCUGGGAUUAUCUGAAGAAGAUCCGGAAGAGUCCAACCAAGGAAAUCGUUAUUGUCAAUUUGUUUCCUGCCAACGCCGCGAACACUAUUCGAUUCGAUAGCUUCUUUGAAUACCUUGACUCACGCCAACGUCUUGGUGUUUUGGGUACGGACUCAGAACAGAUUCGAGAUUUUUAUAUAUUUCCCCUGGGCACCAAUGAUAAGGUGCCCACUGUGCUGCGUACGUUGGACUCUGUGCCGUUUUACGAGGACACUCAAAGACCAAAUACACUGCUGGGCAUCAUAGUCCGCUGCCUGAGCAAACGGUCGGUUAAUUUAAGCCAUUCGUUGCCCCUACCCACUGCCAGUAACAAGACUGUAUCACACAAAGGACGCGUUCGAACCACGUUCACGCCACCGAGCAGUCCGAAGCGCAAGCCUAGCACGCACUCGGGAAGCUCGAGGGAUGAUGAGUUCGAUAUUGAUGCCAUUAUCAAAGCGCCCAUUGCAAAGCUGAAGAACAAAAACGUUCCGAUAGAUCCGAUGGCUAGUAUAGACGAUCCAGAUGCGCCUUAUUCGCCCGGUGGCAGCUCGGACGACAAUGACGUUUUGCCUGCAUCCGUCACAGAACACAAGGAUUUCGAUCUGGAGCGCAAAGUGGACGAAAUCAAUAAACAAAUCGCAGCGCAGCGCAUGGAAAUCGCUGGUCUUCUAAAUGUAGAGCCUUCUAUUUUGGAUAAACCCUCGUCAUCAAAUGUGCUGGCCAGUAUAUCUAUACCUCCCAAUCUGACAAAGAUUUUGGCCAGCAUAAAGGAGAAAGAGUCGAAUGCCAGACCAAUAUCGAACGAUGAUGAAGAGUAUAAUCCUGAGGAUGCAAUCUCGAGCUGCUCUUAUGACAUAGGAAGUAAAAGCGAGGGUGCGACAAAGACUAAAAGUCGCUUGGCGCAGCUAAGUGAAGCAGAGCUUCUUAGUAUGGUGCCGGACAAUCUGGUGGAUCUGACGCCGACAAAAUCUGCUAGACAUGAGCCCCCACCGCCCGGAGUUUAGGCUAAGGCUAAAGACUAGCGCAGUACGAUUAUAAUAAUCCUAAUGUAGAAUUUAUAUAUGUACUUGACUAGCUUUGAUUUACCUAAUAAUGUUAGUUUUGAAUGGAAUUCAAUUUAUAAUUUUCUCAUCAUUUUCACAUUUCAUUAUGUACAUUCACGUUUAACGAAUUGAAUACCAUUUCUGUAUUAUAUCCAACAAUUGAAAUAAUAAGAUCGUUUGGAUCCAAUUGGCAUAUCUUUUUAUUCAACAAACGAAUUCAUUGUAGGGUUCUCUAAAGGCAUACCAACUAACCUUCCAAGUGCUUGUACAUUUUUCUUAAAUACAAAUAAAAAAUUGCUACGUAACA